GGCGGAAAUAAAAAAAAAUUGAACCAGAAGCAUCACCAAAAAGGCAAAAUGCCAAAGUGACAAUGGAUUUGAAGGAAAAAUGGGGCACAGUUAUGGAGCAGCGGUUGUCUCACUUGCACGCAAGAAAUCCAGAUGAUCCCAGGCCCGCUUCUCCUGCUCUCAGGUCCCGUUGUAAUAACAUAAUAUGGGAUAAAAUACUGAAGCUCACUAAUCGAGGCGUUUUUCAAAUAAACUGUUGUGCGUUGAGCGGGUUGGACCGAAGAAAACUAGACGGGAAAAAUGAACGAACGAAAGGAAAACUCAGGUUUUACCAGCUAUUUGGACCAGCCAGAUCUAGAGAGCAUUACCUUGAACGAUUCGCAACGAACCAAAUUUUUGGAUGGUGAAACAAUCGCAUGCGAAGCUUCACAAGUGGUGAUGUUCAACCCAGUGAAUGAAUCGUCCCAGGUAUUCAAAGGUGUUUUAACAGUUACAACGUUCAAAUUAUCAUUCGCCUCUGCGGAGGAAAGCGAAUCGAAAGCCAACUGUUAUCAGCAAAACCUCCUUCUAGGGAUCAACGAUGUCUGCUUGUCCUCGAUUGAUUGCAUCUACUUGGGGGACAAAUCGAAGAAGAAGCUACUGGUACCUGGACAAAAUGUUAGUGGCAAAGUUAAGGAAUUGCUAAUAGUCUGUAAGAAUAUGAGGUAUUUCGCAUUCAGUUUUAAGCUAAGCGAGAAGGAUAGCGGGAAAUCCAUUGCCAAUGCCCUGCUGCACCAUGCUUACCCCAAAAGGCAUCAACUCCUAUUCGCAUACGAUUACAAAGAGUCAUACGUAAGCAAUACCCUGCACAAGGAAGUGAGGAUGUUUCAAAUGAAACACGAUUGGGAAAAGGAACUGCAACGAACAGGCUGCCCAGGCUGGAGACUGAGCAUGGUAAACUUCAACUUCCAAGUGUCUUCGCUAUUGCUGGAAACAAUCAUAGUCCCGCAGUCGGUUACGGACAACAUCGUCAAAGACGCAGUGGAGAAGUUCAGACAUCGAUUUUGCCCAGUCUGGGUGUGGGGGACCAAAGGUGGAGCAGCUCUAGUGCGAAUGGCCGAUCUAUUGCCUACAAUCACCGAUCGAACGGAGGAAAACAAGCUGCUGGAGCACAUAAGGAAAAGCCACCCCGAUAAGCAACCGCCUCACAUCGUCGACCUUACCAGCCCAAGCCCCAAGGAUAUUUAUACCAGCUAUCUCAAGUUGCGGGAACUUUGCACUCCAGACAAUCCCAGAUUGUUCAAACAUCAGGACUUUAAAUUUUAUGGGUUGCUGGACGCGACCAAGUGGUUGACCCACGUGAGUACCUGUCUAACCAAAGCUAAGGAUGCCGCAGAGAAAAUAUCGAACAGGAAUUGUACAGUGGUUUUACAAGAAGGAAACGGGCAGGAUUUGAAUUGCCUUGUAGCUAGUUUAAUCCAAAUCAUAUUGGACCCGUACUUUCGGACGAAGUUCGGCUUUCAAUCCUUAAUUCAAAAAGACUGGGUUGCCAUGGGGCAUCCGUUUGCAAAUAGAUUAGGUCAUAUUCUAGAUAAGGAAAUAGAACAAUCGCCAGUAUUUUUAUUGUUUCUGGAUUGUGUGUGGCAGCUACUGCAGCAAUUUCCUGCUGCGUUCCAAUUCAGUGAAACGUACCUGACUACUGUAUGGGAUUCGGUGCAUAUCACCAUAUUUGACACGUUUCUCUUCAAUUGUCCCCAUCAGCGAUUUAUGGCCUCCACGGGAAAUUGCAAUUCGCAUGCUCCGUUAAGGAUGAGGAGCGUUUGGGACUGGCGGGAACAGUUUAGCGAUAAGGACAUCGCGCUGUUUUGUAAUCCUUUGUAUGAUGAUAGUUUCCUUCAAGUUUUGAAACCCAGUACAGGACUGCCGAACUUAGAAGUGUGGGGGCAGUGCUAUUUUAGAUGGUUGUCGGAUUUGGAAAUUCCUAGAGGCGGCAGACCGCAAGUGGAUUUGUACUCGAGGUUUUUGGUUCAACAAAUUCUACAAACACAAUGCAACGGCAUUGACUUGAAUGCGAAAAUCAACCACAAGGAGGAAUACAUGGAUCUAAUAAAAAAGGUCAACAGUUUCUACCCCUUCAGCCAUAAUAUGGCCACCGUUAAUAAUACAAUCAAUAACCUACUUCUAACAGGCGAUACCUUGGAUUCGCAAUCAAUUCUCAACCUCAACACCGAAUAAAUCCCUGUUAUCCCAGGUGUAACCAAUGGAUGAUUCCAGUUAUUCGUUUAGAUGAACAGUCGGGACAAAAACUCAUUCAGACAUACUAAUUGCAUCACCUUUUACAUUGGCGUUGGCGAUUUUUGUGUAUAAUCCGACCGUAAGUUUCAAGCGACCAUUUCAUGCAUCCACAAAUCUGCUUAGUGCCAUAUUAUGUUAUGGAUGUUUGUCUUCUAAAUUCAACUAAUUUUGUUUCGCGCUUCAAUAAAUUUAAGGAAAACGUUAAUGGCUUCAACAAAGCAUUUCAGUUAACGCCUAAAUGCGUCGUUGGAGGGUUGAAUUUUUUUACCCCAAUAAUUUCAGAAGAGCUGUUAAACAAAGUUAAGUCACACGUUCUGCUGUUGCAUUUAAAUUAAAAAAUGCGCGUUUUUUUCGAAACCACCUUGUCUGAUGAUUAAUAUCGUUUUAUCGCGUGACUAAUCCUUCCAUAAAUUUUCGAGAGUGUAUAUAAAAGUUGUACAUUUGUAUUAGAAACCAGUGUCCGUCUAGUUAGUGAGUUUGCUGCUAUCGGUUUUAUAAUUAACAAAAUAUAAAACUGAAGAAUUCUUUAAUAAUUUUCAAUUAUUAUUACUUAACAAAACCAAAUAUGUAAUAUUUAUGUUGUAUUUAUAUUGGCAAUAAACGGUAUUAUUGCAUGGUGCUAUUUCCAUGCGAGGCGAA